AUCUAUGAAAAAGACAGUCCCUUUGUAGCCCUGCAACCUCCAGGUAAGAAGUAGCUAGAACACUAGUUGUUUACACAUAUCUAGUACUGACACAAACACUAGCUAGUUGCUUGCACAUAGUACUGACACUCACUGUGGUGGUUGGGAAUGGGUAUUGGGGCUGGACAGGUGUGACCCAGACCCUCCACUGUUUGAGACUACAAACAUCCAUUCAGAUUGGGGGUGGCGAUCGAGGGGUGAUUGAGGAUCAAAUGGGGGGGACUAAUAUGUUCAUCUGUAUAACCCAAAUUCUGUGUUUAUGUCGCAGAUUAUAUAUAUGAGCGAUGGAAUAAAAUCCCUGUCUGUUUGAAGAAGAAAGCUGCCCAGCUGAUGCAUGUAUCUGCCUUUUGGUACCACAUUCUGCUUUGUCGAGAGAAUCACAACACCACACGCUGGGCUGUGCAAGUGGGCUUCCUAGACUCAAAGUAAGGAGAUAAUUUUUUGAGUCAUUUAACGCUCUUCCUUGCCACACGUUCUUUAUUCCUUAGUACAGUGUGUUAAGACUCAAGUUCUCAUUUCACCUUCUCUAGUUACGGCAAUGACCUGAGUCUGAAGAGACUGCACAGGAUAGAAAUAUUGGAAGCUAUCCUCAGAGCGAUGGAAAAAGGAUGUGUAAGUUCCUUGUUACAAUGAAAAUGGCACCAUACUGGAAUUGCAAUGUUGAAUCUGAGAAGACUCAUGUUGGCAUUUGUUUUCUCUUCCAGUUAUUUGAAGAUCAGACGAGGCAUAUGAUCUGGAUAAGCAAUAAGUUUAACUUGGUAAGAGGAAUGCCUGCCUUUGCUUCAUUAAAAAAAAAAAAUGCAAAUAUGAUGCAUCAUCACUGCUUCCUCUUGCUCAUAUCUUACUCAAUUUUUAGAGCAACAUGGUUUAGUGCCCCUCUAUUUUCUAAUAAGGAAGUAUCCACGCAGCACAGUAAUUAUUCAUAAGAAUACAAGAAUGUUCUCUUCAUGCCUGGGAAAUGGGGCAAAAUGCUCCUUAGUGUUUGUGAGGAAGCCAAAGGGUGGUGUGCCCAUCUUCAUUGGUUAAGAACUUCUCAGGAAUAAAUGUACACCCUGCUGACCCGGUACAUACCCAGGAGAAAAGGAAACAGGAAUGUCCUGUUUAGCGAUUCUUAAAUUUGAAUCGCUGAUUACGUUGGAGUCAUUCCUCAACCUGAUUUGUCACAUGGAAUAUCUAGCAUUCUGAUGCACAUGAUUUUCCCAUUAUGACCCAUUGCCGAUUGGUGUGUUGGGCUGGGCGAUAUAGCCAAAAUAUAAUAUCACAAUAUUUUUCAGAUUUAUGGCAUUAUUUGGCAGUAUUUUACAUUUCUUAAUAGUAAAAGUUCUAAAUAUGUUUUGUACAUAGCGCAGGACCCUAACAUAGCAUCAAAUUAAUUCAAAUGCUUUUAAUGGGCUUUCUUCAUUCUGAUUUUUGUUUUAUACUCAACCAAACUAGGACAAAACUGACAAAAUAAUCUAAUUUGUAGUGCUAAAUAUAUGAAAAGUUCUAUCAAAAUACCUUUUUAUAGAGGUUAUUGUAAAAAUAUACCUUAGAAUACGAUAUAUCGCCCAGCCCUAAUUGUCAUAAGACAAUGGUAAAGAUUAUUAGUGUUUUGUUGACUGGUAACUCUCUGUGUUCAGCAUGUGCUGGAGGUCCUGGACGACGCGAUAUGCUGGCUGGAGCGGACAGGAGAGCCCCGCAUCAAGCAGCAGGUUCAGGAGCUGGGCCCCAGAGGGAACUGCUUUGCUGCUCUUCAACUCAUCUUCGCUGAGUGUAAGAACCACUCAGAGUCAGGCAGUGUCCUCUAUUGCUGUUCAUAUGGUGAUCUGAUGAUGGACUGUGACUGUUUGAGCCUCAGACCGACAUGUUUUUACAGCCUUCUCUCACAAAAUAUUAACCCACUGAUGCCCAGUCAGGGCUUAGUGGUAGGUAGGUUAGAAAGGUAAAACGUGAUAGGUAGGUUAGAGGCUGAAAGGUUACUGGGAAAUAAAAUGUCACAUGGUUUAUCCUACUCAGGAAACUUUAUUUCUAUUUUUUAUUUUUUAGGGGGUACUCAGGAAACUUGGUUAGCAGUGAAUGGUCCCAAUAUGAACAUCAUUAACCUCUUCUCUCAUCAGAUGCUCACUAUACACAGGCCAUGGGAGUCAGUAGGAAAAAAAUUAUGCGAGAGCUUGCGCAGGGUCCCUGCCAAUGGUCUAUUGAG